GGCUGUGGCUCAGUCGUCAGUCCGGCGCUGCCUUGGCAGCAGUAUGGUUGUGCGUCUGCUAACGCCUUAUUUUCCCAUUCGAUGUCUUACAUUUCUUGAACGUGGUUCUGUACCUCUCCUUCUUACAUUUCUGGCAUCAGAUAUUCGCCAUCAGUCGUCAGGUUGGUACUGUGAGAAAGGCGUUACUGCUUCCUGGCGCACGUGCUAGUGGGGCCUUGAUACCUCAGUGGCCCAAGGCAAGGGAGCUCUGCUGACAGACACUUGUUGAAAGGAAACACUGGAGUGUCGUUAUGGAAAUAUAGUCACUUUCAAACUGUAAAUGCUCGCCGUGCAUAUGGGUUUCUCACACUCUACCCAUGGCUGAGAGUACUUGUUACGAGUGGAACAAGACGCUUUGUCUUAACAACAUAAUUGUAAAAAGACGAACAGUGUUUAAGAGUGCCGUGAUAUCAUAUUUCAUAGCUGGGAAUAAAAGCAAAGAAAAAUUAUUACUCGCGCGUUCAAAUAGAAAUGGAAUUACUUGGGAGUCGAUGAAGAUCAUACAUAUUCAUCGAUGUCAUGACGAUAGAAGAGUAAACUGUUUUCAUAAUUAUGGGCAUGCAUGGUAUGCCUUGCGCUAAGUAUAUUGACAGUCUACAAGUGUGUAGUUGAAAUUAUAAUUCUUAGAAAAUUUGUUCAUGCCAUUCAAUAGGUACUCUGAAAGCAUGGUAUCUGUUGAGCCGAAUAUAUCUAAAAAAAUUGGAAGACGGAGGACCACCAGGAGAAAAGCCAUCUAUUAAAUGCAGUGCAAACGGAAACAGCACUUUAAAAUUCAGAAGUAACUUUCCUCACAACAUUCAAUAAAAACAGUUGACUAGUGACUCAUCGGCAAAAAAAUUACUCAAGGCAAGAGUUCCAUGGAUUCAUACAGUAGUACUUCCAAGCGUAAGUCGAUCACUUCCACAUCCUUGCCUUUGCUGCCGUUGUCCUGUAUGGUCAGGAAAGGAAUGAGGUGACUAGGACAACGAACGAAACCAUCAACACCUAGCAUAAGGACAAGGUGUUGCGGCGUCCUUGGCAUGGGAGAGAGUGCCCAGAGCCGCCUGGACCAAAACACAGAGUGUUCGGAGGACAUCAUGGAAACAGACAUGGACGACUUAUAUUACUGCGACGAUGCAGACCUUGGCACAGAGGGAUUCAGCAUGGGCAGCCUCGACGGACAUAGUGGAGGACGGAGGUACAGCCAGAGGUUGGAGUCGAGAGCGAAUGCUAUGAUCUCCCCAUACAAUUUUCAAUCCAGGCCACAUCUGGAAAUGUCUCCAAAAAGAAAAAGGAACCCUAGCUUAAAAGAAGCUUCAGCAAUGGGGUCCCUAGCCAUCACGGUGUCUUCAGGCUCGCAGGAGUCCAGCGCCCCCCCGCCUUUGCAGAGUCCUAAUCCUCUACGCAACCCCGUAACUGUGUUGGGCGUUGAGGAGCCCAAAUCCAGCUCACCUGGCGUCACUUUCUCAGACACUACGUCCGUCUUGCAGGAGAGCUCGAGGAACGGGCGUGCAGAGAAGCGCCCAAGUAUAUUUACCCUGAGCGGCUUGGUGUCCUCCGUGAUUGAUGCUCGCACUUUGUGGGAGGGUCGUUAUCUCAUGAAGGAGAGAAAGACGGUCAAGACCACCUUUCAGGGCCGCGUUUACAACUUCCUUGAACGCCCCACAGGCUGGAAAUGCUUUCUCUACCACUUCUCUGUAUUUAUGGCGGUUCUCAUCUGCCUCAUCUUCAGUGUGCUGUCAACGAUCUCACAGUAUGCUGACUUCGCCAACGAGACUCUGUUUUGGAUGGAAAUCUGCUUGGUUGUAUUUUUCGGAGUGGAGUACGCGGUGAGGAUGUGGGCAGCGGGCUGUCGCUCCAAAUACAUGGGUUUCUUUGGAAGGUUACGAUUCAUAAGAAAACCAAUAUGUAUCAUAGAUCUCAUCGUGGUAGUGGCGUCAGUGGUGGUGCUUUGCGUAGGCUCCAACGGCCAAGUGUUCGCAACGUCAGCCAUCCGUGGCAUCAGGUUCCUGCAAAUUCUCCGCAUGCUGCACGUGGACCGGCAGGGUGGUACAUGGCGGUUACUUGGCUCCGUUGUGUUCAUCCACAGACAGGAAUUAAUUACAACUCUAUAUAUUGGAUUUCUGGGCCUCAUCUUCUCGUCCUAUUUUGUAUAUUUGGCUGAGAAGAAAGAUGAAGAUGAUGAAGAUGGAGAUGGCGACUUUUCUAGUUAUGCUGAUGCCUUGUGGUGGGGUGUAAUAACUGUGACCACUAUAGGAUAUGGAGACACUGUGCCCAGGACAUGGAUGGGCAAAAUUGUAGCUUCCUGCUUCAGUGUUUUUGCUAUAUCAUUCUUUGCAUUGCCUGCUGGUAUCCUUGGCUCUGGUUUUGCCCUAAAAGUUCAGCAAAAACAAAGACAGAAACAUUUCAAUAGACAGAUCCCUGCAGCAGCUAUGUUGAUACAAUGUCUUUGGCGUUGUUAUGCUGCUGAUAAACAUUUCAAUUCUACAGCCACUUGGAAGAUACAUUUGAAAGAUCCAAAUGAUAACACUAAUGCCCAGUCUACUCCCUUGAGUAAGGAGAGUUCUCUGAAUACACCACUAAGCAAGAUGGCUAAAAGGGCAAGUGUCCUCAGAAGAAGGAAAUCCAAAAGCAAGAUGGAUGUGUCAUCAGGAGUAGAGAGUUCCAGUCGCAGGGACAGUGAGGGGGACAUGGUGUUUUACGUGGAGGAGCCGAGGGCAGAGGAGGUGGCGCGGCGGUGGUCAUCCAUGGCUCGCCUGAGGGGAAUGCUGGGAUGUGUAUCACCCAUCACAGAAAUCCCAGGAGUACCCCCUACCACCCAUCAAGGCAACAUUGGACGGGUCAGGGGAUUGUCUAGAUCUCGGAGCUAUGAGUGCACAGCCGGAACACCGAAUCGAAUAAGGAGAGAGGGUGGUCCACGAGUAUCAACGCUUCCCAGCCAAGCUUCCUCUGUUACUGAGGUGGCUUCUGAUGAAAUUGAUAUUGAUUUAGACGAACCUCAGGGCUUUACAUCAUUGACUGAGGCUCAUCGCAAUGCAAUCAGGGCCAUCAGAAAGAUAAAAUAUUUUGUUGCCCGAAGGAAAUUUCAGCAAGCCCGAAAACCUUAUGAUGUCAGAGAUGUAAUAGAGCAAUACAGCCAAGGACACCUUAACAUGAUGGUUAGAAUAAAGGAGCUUCAAAGAAGACUGGACCAGACAUUAGGUAAACCAGGAAGUUAUCUCAGUGGUAUUGACAAAGCUGGAAAUGUGAAACCAAUGACCAUUGGGGCAAGACUCUAUCGUGUGGAGCAACAGUUGGUACUUCUUGACAAGAAGCUUGACCAGAUGUUGUUCGUAUGUAAUGCCCUCGCACAGAAGACUCAACCUCCAGAGAACAGAAACUCAGAUGACCACGUAUAAUCAUUGUUUUUAAUAUCCCAAUUUUUACACACGGAGAGUGAUGC